UGCAGGCAUUGAAGAUGGGACGGCGGGCUUUCGGUCUUUCUUGAUAAGCGCCCGACGGCUUCCCCAACCGCGUCCCAAAAGAAGCAAUUUUUUCUUUGCGUUUUGUAUAUUAUAUCUUUUUUUGUUUCUCUGUCGCUUCUUGGUCGUGCGUGUUUUGAUGAGCAGCUUCUCUUUGUCACCUUCCGCCCUUCCCGUCUCGCCCGCCACCCCCAGACCCCAGUGCGCAUCUCAUCCCAGCACAGCGCAAACCAAACCUUUGCCAUGGCGGCGGCCGCCCCUUAUGAAGGCUCCACAGCCGGCGCUGCGCAGGCGAGUCCUGACAUCGGCUACCCAAACGGCCACCUCGGACACCUCAACGAGAGCGAGAUCAAGGCACUCGACGAGUUCAAGGCCCUGAUCACGGAAAAGAGCGAGUACUCGCCAGGUCCUCCGCCCUCGCACGACGACCAGACGCUGCUGAGAUUCCUCCGCGCCCGUCGAUGGGUGCCUCAGGACGCCUUCAAGCAGUUCAAGGAGACAGAAGACUGGCGGGCGGCGACGCGGCUAGACUUGCUCUACGACACCAUCGAUCUCGACGCAUACGAGCAGAGCAGGGUCCUGUAUCCGCAAUGGACCGGACGAAGAGACAGGAGAGGCAUCCCCCUCUACCACUUUGAGAUCAAGCACCUGGACAGCAAGACGAUCGCCAACUACGAAAAGACGGCCGACGACACGUACAGCAAGGCGCACGCCGACGGGCAGACGCCGCCCAAGCUGCUGCGGCUGUUUGCGUUGUACGAGAACCUGACGCGCUUCGUGCAGCCACUCUGCACCGAGAUGCCCGACCGGCCGCACGCGCCGGCGACGCCCAUCACCCUGAGCACAAACAUCGUCGACGUCUCGGGCGUCAGUCUGCGCCAGUUCUGGAACCUCAAGGCCCACAUGCAGGCCGCCAGCACCCUGGCCACAGCGCACUACCCCGAGACGCUCGACCGCAUCUUCGUCAUCGGCGCCCCCUUCUUCUUCUCGACCGUCUGGGGCUGGAUCAAGCGCUGGUUCGACCCCAACACGGUGUCCAAGAUUUUCAUCCUGACGCCCGCCGAGGUCCUGCCCGUGCUCAGCUCCUUCAUCGACCCCAAGGACAUACCGAAGCAGUACGGCGGCGAGCUCGAGUUCGGUUGGUGCGACGCCCCGAACCUGGACCCGGCCAUCAGGGCCGCCGCGUCGUGGGAGCCGGGCUACGACAACUUCCCCAAGGGCCCCGUCUACUGGAAGGCCCUGGAUGAAGAUCGCCUCGAGUGCAUCGCUGUCGGCUCCGUCCAUCAGCAGCAGCGCAGGGCCCGCGUCUGCACCUUCCCGAGGUCCUUCAGGGGCGCCAACUCGACAAACGCCCCCUUCCUCCACGGCGACCACGUCGACGGGCCGCCGACCCCCGUGGGAGCCAUGAACCCUGUGGUCGGCGUCGAGCCCGCGCCGCCCGGCGAAGAGGGCCCGGUCCCCACGGCCACGGCGACGGCUAACCCCGUGGUGCAGAACUCGCGGCCCGUCGACCUCGACGCCGCGGUCAAGGAUCUCACCAUCACCGAGGUCCAGGCCGCCGCCCCGCAGGGCGACGCCGAGAAGAAGGUCGAGGUCAACCGGACCAGCGGGUCCGCCCCCACGCUCGCCGCCUAGUGUGAACGCGGGCACAGGUGCAACGCGCAGUAGAGUUUACAUCGCGGGUCGCACGCGGAGGUUUGGGGCCUUGUGUGCACCACCUUUAGAUUCCAGGGAGCCGCGUUUGCGGCCGGUAGAUUUUGGCGUCACUGGAUAACCUGGGAGGUAUACAGAAGCCUCCCUGUGAUAGAUGCAAUCAUUCUUGUUGAUAUCCUUUUCUCGCUUUUCCUGCAGCAUAGCAACAAUAGUCUGCCCAAGACUUGCCUUUUCGUUUCUCCUAGGCACUCAUCCUCGUCUCGGAAGAUAGCAUUCCU